AUAUAAUACUGUUUUGUAAACUUGUGGGUGUCGGUCGAUUUCUUUGCUCCUCUUCCGUAUGCCCUACAUCGAUAUCCCAUCCAGGGACGACUACGUGUCUAUAUGGUACAUCACAAACUCUCAUCACGGGAACGUUGGCAGCUUUGAUCCAGCGCGCCCGACUUGCAUCCUCCUCCACCCUUUAUUUUUGGACUCCACCUGGUUGAUCAGACAUUUCGACGAUCCAAGACUCUCCAGGGAAUACAACUUGAUAGCUUUCGAUCAGCGGACUUGCGGACGAUCACGAUGUAGACCCAGUCAAUUGCACGACAGCUAUGUCGAUGCAGCGGAUAUUGCUAUGGUCUGCCAGGCUUUGCUUUUACCUCCUGCGCACAUAUUGGCAUUCGAGGGCAUUUCUGUCAAUGCAGCUCUAAGACUCGCUGCAUUGUGGCCUGAGCAAGUUCUGAGUCUGACUUUAUGCGACGUACCCCCUCCGACAGAACUGCAAUGGGUCUUCCACGCCUACGACGAGCUCCUUCAAUUGUGGUGUUAUGCGCCCGACCUCGACUCUUUUGAACAUGCAGGAAACGAAGUGGUGACUUUUAUGACUGGGGAGAGCGAUAAUCUAGACCUACAAGAUGAUCUGAUAGCCUAUUGGGAGAAAUACACGCCUCCGACAAAACGUCUGAGGAUAGUGGAACUCGUUAACAUUAUGAUGAACCGCACACUUUUGAGGCCCGAAGAACUUUCCAGCAUCGUUUGCCCUGUUCUUAUUAUUCAGGGAGAAGCAAGUCACAUAGCUCCGCUCAAAUACGCAGAGAAACUUAAACAGCAUUUAAUAAACGUUCAAGGUGGUGAAGCUCAGCUGUACGUUGUGAAGGGUGCCAAAGCUUGCUUGAACAUCGUCCCUGGAAGCGCUUCGAUAGUUAACCAGGUCUUCUCAAAGUUUCUUGCACGACAGCCUCGUACACGGUCUGACCUCCUUGCUUCGAAAGUGACCAUGCGAGAACGGUCGAAGGUCGCUCUGGCGAAGCUUGCGGAAUUCGUCGGUGAUUCAUCCAUCGCCCAGAGGGAUCCUUGCUCUCCCCUUUCGUUUUCAUGCGUAAAAGACGAUGUCGCAAAAAGCCAGUUGGAAAACUUGAUGUUUUACGCAAAGGACUUGGAUAAAGCAUACUGUCCACUUGGGAGAGAUGGUCGGCCGUUGCGGAAGUACUCUGAACGGAAGAAGGAGGCUCACUGGUUUCAAGGCGACAAACAUGGCAAUAGUUACAUUGACACUUCUGAGCUUAAAGCCGCUCGUAACUACAAGGGGUACAAACAAUCACAUUCCAAGACUGCCAACUCUCCAGAGCGUCCGGUGGCGGGAUCUCUAACUGCCAACAAAGAAAGCCUGGUCACAGACGAGGUCGCCCAGGAUGGUCGCAUGCGACGAACAACCUACAAUGCUAGCUCAGUCGACAAGCACGUUAUCAAGGGAACGAUGCAGAAGGUGAUAACACAAAGCACUCAGCUACCUAGGGGGAUCAUAACGAAGGCCUUGUUGCCGUCAUGACUCACUGUACAAAAAGUAUCAACGCUUGUUUUCUUUUCUCAAGGUCGCCACAGAUUCUGGAAUCUUCACAACUACCUUAAUGUUUUUAGCAGAUAUACAUAUGUAUACGUAUCCAC